AUGUGUCACCGGAAAGGUGAAAGAUGGGAACCUCCAGAUAAACGACUCUUGGGGGGUACACAUCCUUGUGAGCUCUACUGCCGACCCAUAGAUGGCCAGUUUUCCGAGAAAAUGCUGGAUGCUGUCAUUGAUGGUACCCCUUGCUUUGAAGGUGGCAACAGCAGAAAUGUCUGUAUUAAUGGCAUAUGUAAGUGUUCCACCAGCUGUGGGCUGGGGGCCUACUGGCGAAGCGUGGACUGUAGCACCGGGACGGAUUCUGACUGUGCCGCCGUCCAGAAGCCCGACCCCGCUAAGAGGUGCCACCUCCGUCCUUGUACCAGCUGGAGAGUGGGGGUGUGGAGCAAGUGUUCCAGAAACUGCAGCGGGGGCUUCCAGAUCCGGGAGAUUCAGUGUGUGGACAGCCGGGACCACCGCAGCCUGAGGCCGUUUCACUGCCAGUUCCUGGCUGGCAUUCGUCCCCCGCUGAGCAUGAGCUGCAACAUGGAGCCCUGUGAGGAGUGGCACGUGGCGCCCUGGAGCCAGUGUUCCAGGUCCUGUGGAGGCGGAGUUCAGGAGAGAGCCGUGACUUGUCCGGGAGGUCUCUGUGACUGGUCGGAAAGGCCCACGCCCACGGCGCCCUGCAACAGCCACCCCUGUUGUCACUGGGCCACUGGGGACUGGGACCUGUGCACCGCUUCCUGUGGGGGUGGCUUUCAGAAGAGGACCGUCCUUUGCGUCUCCUCAGAGGACAAUACGACUGAAGACCGAUGCCCGUGUGAUCACGAACCCAGACCUGCAGAAUUCCGAAAAUGCAGCCAGCAGGCCUGCAAGAAGAGUGAUGAUUUACUUUGCACCAAGGACAACUUAUCAGCCAGUUUCUGCCAAACACUAAAAACCAUGAAGAAAUGUUCUGUGCCCACUGUGAGGGCUCAGUGCUGCCUCUCAUGUUCCCAGACACACAUCGUCCACACCCGAAGACCAAGAAAGCCACAGUUGCUCAAAAACCCCAAAGCAUUCUAAGUCCAGAAGGAAGCCACCCCCCACCACAGACUGCAGCAGCCCGGGGACUGACUCGACUGCAUUCUAGCCCCAGGAAACCACUUCACUGAGGUUUUCCAGUCCAACUUUGGCUCAAAACAAAAUCCCCUGUGUUUUAUUAGCCACAAAAUGCCCUUGCAAAAGGCAUGGGACUGUAAUGUUUGCUGCUCCCUGAUAGGUGAGAUAUCCAAGAGGUUCAGGCAUCUCCUGGGAUGUGCUCUUGGGAAAGGUGCCAAAUUAGGUAAGUCAGUGACAUGAUGUCUUUUCCCCCCUUGAAAGUAAAAACGAAGACACCAGAUUUUUCCCAGACUACCUCAGGAGUAUCAGGAAAUAGAACCACAUGCAUCCAGGGAGCAGUCUUAUUGAUUUACCUUGGUGAAAUCAUCCUUUUUUUCCCUCCCUGGUUGGGGAAGCUGCUGUUUAAUAUGUCAUGGGAGAGAUUUCAGAAACAUUCCUUUAAUUCACCCAGGCAGAGGGCCACUUUCUUCAGCCAGUACUCAGCUGGAGCAGGGAGAGAAAGUGUUGGCUAUUAUCACUCAGCCCCCGUAGACUCGGUAUCUGGGCUCUUUAGACUCCUGUGCCUGCCUGGAGACGCGAGAAAUGAGAGGAAAUGGUCAGAAACUGUAGGAUUUAGCAAAGGUAAGGGAUUUAGCUUAAUUCUAGGGAAGACGUUUCUGACUCAAGGAUAAUUUCUAUGAAAACUCUUAAAAAGGAAAUGAACAGAAAUCAAUUUCUUGCCGGUGUAAGAAAAGAAACGUGGACCUUUAUACUUCCCACUUUCCUGGCCAAUACCUUUCCUUUGGGGAAGAGCUGAUGAGUCUUCCCAUCUGACUUCCUCUCCAGGGUGUUCCCUGCCUGAGUCAUCAACUCAGAGGUCCGACUGUCUUUCCACUGCUGGGGGUCCCUGCACAAGAGCUGUCAUAGCCAGGUCCGUGGGGGCGACACCCCCCCACCUACCCCAAGGACGGAAGAUGGAGCUCAAGAUCCAAAUAUUUCAGAGGCCCAGGUCAACUGUAUUAAGUACAAGAACUGAUACAAACUUCUAGUCUUGAGGGAAAAAACCCACAACUCAAAGUGAGGUUAAUCAUGACCCCCAUACACCCAAUAGUUACUUCUGAAGGUCUGUUCCUUGAUCUAUUCUCCAAGUCAGGAGAGUCCAAAACAGUGAAAUGAACGUGAAAAUGCUUAUUCUGGAUGUUCUCACCACCCAUCAGGAGGCUGUGGUCUCAACUACAAGGCAACUUUCCUGGUUUGUAAGGGGAGGCAUUUACGUGAACUGAACCCAGAGAGUGAGGACGGCUGGGUGGGUGGGGGCCUCUUGACAGAGGGGGAGGCAGGGAUGGGGCCUUCACGUUGUGAGCAGCAGCGUAGUGCAGACUUGUGCACAGGUAGAGGGCAGUUGCUAUUCCCCAUGGAGCACAGUGUCCCCUAGCUCCCUUGAAUUACCCAUCCGUUCAGCAGAAUGGUGCUCUUGAAAAACGGUGCUAGUAGCUAGAAGGUGGCAGGACUAAUAUAAACACACAGAUAGAUGUACCAGCGGGCAAGUCCAUCCGCGUCUGUUAAACGUGUAAUGGUGUUGCUGGCCAAUGCCAGUUCUAUUGCUUGGACACUAGAAGCUUAACGUUGUUAUAUGAUGUGCUUUGUAUUUUUUUUUUUUCAAGCCAUUAAUGUGUAUUAUUCUGAUAAACUCCUGUAGAAAAUAAAACACUGGGGCUGGGAUGGAACUUAAGAAAGAAGAGAAACAGGAUGAAAACAGACAUGUUUACCUGAAGCCAGGGAGUUUAUUUCUCGAUGAUGACGUUCUUGUAUUCUCUGUCUUUAAGGGCAAACAUUGCUGGCUGAUGAUAUAAUCUCUGGUGAAAUGACAGUUUUAGAGAGGAGAGGCUUAAAUGGUUAGUGACGUGAGUGGUAGAGGAGAAUCUGGUUUUUUCUAGUGAGGCAGUUCACUAAGACUGUUCCUGGAGUGGAGUGUGGGCUUUCGGGGGGCUGAAUGUCGUCACUGGGGCUGAGUUAUUUCACCUGGUACUGUACUAGCUAUCAGAGGCUUAUGCAUGUCAUCAGAGACCUGGAUAUGACCAGUCUUUCAAAACUCAGGAAUAAACCCAGAUCCCUACUGACCUCAGCAAACUCAGCUAGGCCAGAUUUCCCAAUACACAAAGUGGGCCACGUUAUUUGUGACCCACGUGGUGAAGAAGAUGAUAGACAUGUGGGGAGGGUCUGCCCAGAUACUCCAUUCUAGGCCUUUCUCCAGUUUCUCAAAGACAAGAAAUUAGCCCCUAAUCAUGCAUCUCACACAUUCCCUUCCUGUGUGGAGGCUGCGUUGUGGGAUAGUUGUGUGGCAUCCAUUAUUCUGGACUCCAGGAUAGAAACAGCCCUUGUUGUUAGAGUCAUCUGACACAGUCGUUACCUUGACAGUCACUCAGCUGUGGAUCAUCAGGCUUUUGACAGGUCCCUGUGUUUGCGAUCAGAGAGGGGAGACCCUGAAGACAAGAACCUAGACAGUGUCUUCACCAUUUCUUCAGAGCUCACAGGGGACAACACGAAAGCAGCAUCAUUGGUUUAUUUAACACACGUCCUCUUUUCUUCCCACCUUGAACAAGCAAGUGAGAGGUGUAGCAAGACACACUGGAUACCCAUCUACCAUGAACCAGAGAGGCCACCGCAGGGUCUGGUGCUUAAAUGCAGCAAGGUUCUCGAACCCAUGUUGGUUUACAUUGCCUUUCACGUGGUAGAGUUCGCUGUUCUCUGAAAAGUUGUGGGUUAAUUUAAUUCUUGAAUAUUGAAACGUAAUUUAGUGCACCAUGAGAAAACAGUAUUUCAAGAGACUAGUGAAUACUUUUCUAAAAAGGGAAAUCAUUUUGUGGAUACUACGGUUGCCUCUUUGUGGGAAUGACUUGUUGGAUGAUGGGCUUUCUUGGUGCAUGCGUCCCAAUGUGGUGCUUUCAGAUAUUUAGGGAAUGUUUUUGAUAGAUUUCAUCAAGUUUCUGAAGCAAAUUUGAGAGAUUUAUAUUGUUUCAGACUAUAAUUUCCCAAUCAAUUGGCUUAAAUCCUUCAAACUCUAAGAGCUACACAUUGCUACCCCAGAGAUUGCAGGUCUUAGCUCUUCUCCCUCUGACUUUAGGUUGAAGCCAGGGGACAGUGUAUCUGGUGCUCAGUGCACAGCGAUUCACUUUCAGGGGAGAAACCACAUGACAUGAAUUGCCUGGUGCUAUAACUUAGCCAACAUAUUUGAUGCUACUCCUGUUUUGUUGUAUUGCAAAUUCAAAUAUUGUUAUUAUUAGUAUUAUUAUUUUAAAUUAUAUCAUUUAAAAAAAACCACAUAGUUGGCAAAGCACAGUUCUACCUAUGACUGUCCUCCAAAGUGGUUGUAUAAUGUAUAUGGCCCAACCCAUUUGCUCUCCCUGCAUCUCUGUGCUGUGCUGGCCAGGCCCAGCCUCCUUAAGGGGUCCCUUGGUGGGUACCUCAGUACUUAAAACCAGAUUGUAAUCAUAGCCUGCCUUUGGGUGGUAUUAAUAAAUGGCUAAACUCA